AUGGUCGCCUGCUAUAAGGGCUUCGUGGACAUCGUGCCCCUGCUGCAGAAGUGCCCCUACAUAAACGUCAACCAUCAGGACAAGGACGGGAACACGGCCCUCAUGAUGGCAGCCCAGGCAGGACACAUCACCAUCGUCAACUACCUCCUCAACUACUACCCCACGCUGGAGGUGGACAAGCGGGACCCCCGGGGCCUGACGGCGCUGAUGAAGGCUGCGGUGCAGGGGCAGCAGGACUGCGUGGCCGCCCUGCUCCUGGCCGGAGCAGACCUGCAAGCGGUGGAUGCUAUCAAGGGGAAGACGGCCAGGGAGUGGGCAGCCUUCACCG